AUGCUGCUUUAUACCCAACGUGCCCACUUUCUGACGAACAAAGGGUUCCUUUGUGCUAGCACACAGCGCUUGUCUAUGGGGCUGUUGGCGAAUAAGAAUCGGAUUGGUUCAAACAACACCACAAAGACCCAGCUGCACGCACCCGGUCGGGAGAGUCUCCUUCGUAACCUUGGUUAUGUGGCGACCUGGCAGUUUGUUUUGGUCGGGGCAAGUCUCCUGCUUGUGCCGCAACUCUACGCAAAGUGGGCUGGUGGGGCCGCUGCCGGGGAACUCGGGGCGACGAGGCUCGUCGCAGGAGCGAACUUGACUGCCGCGCUUGUUAUGCACAAGCGCACCACUGCGAGCGAGGUUAGCAACGGGUUUGGGGUGCUCGCGCCUUUCCUCGUCCUGGACGCGUACCAGGUUGUCUCACUUGUUCUCGCACGGGCUACCUUAUCUCCGCUGGGAUACGUCUUAGGAGGUCUUAAAGUCGCGGAGGCUGGGGUCGGCAUCGCGAACUGGGUUCAGCGUCUCAAGAAAAACUAG